AUGAGGGUGCUUACAGUGUUCGCAUUGUUAGCGACUUCCACAGUCAUCGCCCAGCCACACGAUGUCGCAUCCAACAAUUUUGAGAAACGUGCGGAGAUGACUUAUUGGCAAAAUUGGUGUAUUGCGGGAGGAGCGGUGCUGGCCGGAGUUGGGACCUUGGCCAGCGGAAUAGCCGGUAUCAUCUCAGCAUCUUCAUCUUCAUCUUCAUGCACCGUCGUCACCAAUGAUGUAUUGUACGAAGGCGAUCUAAAACGAGAUGCAAUUCCAGAUACAGCCGGAACUGGCUCACUAUCUGUCAAUAAAACAGGAUUCAUUGACUCUUUGGCUGAGAGCGGGUUCAACACUUCGUCUGAAUUGUGGCGGAGUGAAUUGAACGGCGAUAUGGCAUAUCACGGUAAGGGACAAAUUUCGACUACUGAACUCCUGUGCUGA